UCAUCCGGACGGAAUGCACGGAAGCAAUCAACGUUCAAGGGGCUGUUCGCCAAAGAAUUGCGUAAUCUGAUGUAUGGCUUUGGUGACGACAGAAACCCAGCGAGUGAUACCGUCACUGUGAUGGAGGAGAUUUUGGUCGAGUACAUUGUCGACGUGUGCCAAGCAGCCCUCGCACCUGGUAAAAACAAGUCGCGGUUAUCCAUCGAGGACCUCCGUCGGGUGCUGUCGCGGCCAGCAGAUGCCAACAAACUUGCGCGUGUGGAAGAGUUGCUCUUUAUGCAGGAAGAGAUCAAGCGCGCUCGUGCG